GAACAUGGAAACAAAAAGGGGAAUUACAAAAUUUUCUCUUUGGAUUAAUUUAAUUACUCCCUUCUCUUUUUCGCGCGUUGCGGCGUGGACUUUUUGUUGUUUCACCUCAAUUUCAGAUCCCAAUAUCAAAACCCAGCUACCGAAACUUUUGGUAUAUUCCAGAAACGCCUGUUGAUUACUUUCUUGGAAAUUUUGGAUUUAUGGGUGACGAUGAUGAACAGCCGCCGCCACAGCCGCCGUCCAAAUCUAAGCCUUUUCCGUUGAGACCCACUAUUAAUCUGCCGCCACGGACUUCUAUGGAGUCCCUCUUCAGCGGUGGGCCGGGUUUGGGAUUUGGGUUUAGCCCAGGACCGAUGACUCUCGUCUCGAGCUUCUUCUCUGAUUCCGACGACUGCAAGUCUUUCUCUCAGCUCCUCGCCGGAGCUAUGGCGUCGCCGGUGGCUUCCGUUUCUUCGUCGGCGUCUGAGUUUAAGGCUUCUUCCGGUCUGCUUGAUUCUCCGGGGCUUUUUUCUCCUGGUCAAGGACCUUUCGGAAUGACGCAUCAGCAGGCUUUGGCUCAGGUUACUAUGCAGGCUGCAGAAGCCUAUUCUCAUAAUCAAAUGCAAGCAGCAUCUUUUUCUUCAUCAGUAGCACCGUCUGCAUCCUCCUCACAUGUUUUGACAUCCUUUCUGGGUGAGAAGACUAAAGAUCAGACAAUGCAACCUCCAUUCCAGAACUUUGCAGUUGUGUCCAAGGAGCCAUUGGAUAACUCUCAAUCAGAGCCGAGAUUGCAGUCUUCUUCAUGUAAUGUUGAUAGGCCUGCCGAUGAUGGCUACAAUUGGAGAAAAUAUGGACAGAAACAAGUGAAGGGCAGUGAAUUUCCUCGAAGCUACUAUAAGUGUACGCACCCGAAUUGUCCUGUCAAGAAAAAGGUUGAGCGAUCUCUGGAAGGACAAGUCACUGAAAUUAUCUACAAGGGCGAGCACAACCACAAACGACCUCAACUGAAUAAGCGUGCAAAGGAUGUUGGAAAUUCUAACGGAUAUUCAAGUAUUCACGGAAAUCCUGAGACAUCUGUCUCUUCCAUUGCAAAGAAGGAUCAAGAAUCGAGCCAUGUUACAAAUGAACAGUUGUCGGGUGCUAGUGAUGGUGAGGGAAGGAGUGAGAUCCAAACUGGAAUGAAUCGAAAAGAUGAAGACAAACCCAACGCCAAGAGACAGAAUACUGAGGUUAGAAUUUCUGAGCCAGUAUCAUCUCAUAGAACUCUCACAGAAUCCAGAAUCAUUGUGCAGACUACAAGUGAAGUCGAUCUAUUGGAUGAUGGCUACAGGUGGCGUAAGUAUGGUCAGAAAAUUGUUAAAGGCAACCCUUACCCCAGGAGCUAUUAUAAAUGCACGACUCCAGGAUGCAAUGUUCGUAAACAUGUAGAGAGAGCUUCAAUGGACCCGAAAGCUGUCAUAACGACGUACGAAGUUAACAGGAAAAGAGAACAGAAGAAUUUACAUCAAGAGGAAUUAGGUUGUAAUGGUUAUUGUAUGUACGAUAGAUACCCGAAAGAAGCGUAUUGUAUCAAAUCAACCUUUGCAUUCUUUUGUAAAUGGAAUACAGCUUGCAAAGUUUUCCUUUUUGGGUCAAGCUGUUUGGUGGGUCUCGGAAAUUUUUGUUUCAAAGACAGAGAGAGGAAAUGCAUUCUUCUCUAGCCAGACUUGGUUAUCUGACUCACUUGAUUCAACAGGCAUGCAAGGGAAUCCCUUUUUCCUCUAUAGUCUGUUUUAUGUAUGUACUCAAAUGGGGUCAAUGGAUCAUCUCCAUCAAAUUCUUAUCUGUUUCUUAAAGAUUUGUUUGGAUUAACUUAAG